AUGACACAAGAUCAACCAAUAAAAGAGAGUAAACCUCCUUUAGAAUCCAGAAUAGGGAAAGAUACACCUUUUACAUUUGGACAAAGAUAUCUUGAGAAUGAAGAUGAUGUUUUCAAUCAUAACGCUUGGGAUCAUGUUGAAUGGGGAGAAGAACAAAUUAAUCAAGCCAAAGAAAUGAUCUCCAAACAAUAUGAUCAUCCUGUCAAAGAUUUCGAUAAGAAGAUGUAUAAUUCCAAUCCUGCUAAAUUUUGGGAUAUCUUUUAUAAACAUAAUCGUGAAAAUUUCUUUAAGGAUAGAAAAUGGUUAGAAAUUGAAUUUCCAUCAUUAUUUAAAGUAACCCAAGAAGAAUAUCAAGAACCAACUACGAUCUUAGAAAUUGGGUGUGGUGCUGGGAAUACUUUCUUCCCCAUCUUAAAUCAAAAUAAGAAUGAAAAUUUGAAAAUAUUUGCUUGUGAUUAUUCAAAAGUUGCUGUUGAUUUAGUUAAAUCAAAUGAAAAUUUCCAACCUAAUCAUGACAAGGGUAUUGCUUAUUCUUCAGUAUGGGAUCUUGCCAACCCUGAGGGAAUAAUCCCAGAAGAUCUUGAACCAAAUUCGGUAGAUGUAGUGAUUAUGAUAUUUGUAUUUCUGGCCUUACAUCCAGAUCAAUGGAUACAUGCUGUUAAUAAUUUAUCUAAAGUUUUGAAACCAGGUGGACAAAUAUUAUUUAGAGAUUAUGGAAGAUAUGAUUUGGCUCAAGUAAGGUUUAAGAAGGGAAGAUUACUUGAUGAUAAUUUUUAUAUUAGAGGAGAUGGGACUCGAGUUUAUUUCUUUACUGAAGAAGAAUUAAGAGAGAUAUUCUGUACUAAUGGACCUUUUAAGGAAGAAAAGAUUGGAACAGAUAGAAGAUUAUUGGUGAAUAGAAAGAAACAAUUGAAAAUGUAUAGAAAUUGGUUACAAGCGGUAUUUAGGAAUUAG